CAACUUUUCUCCUCUCUCUCUCUCUCUCUUGUUCUUGAAAGGAAGCUCUUUUGGAAGAGAAGCUGAGCGGGGUUUGAGGAUCGAGGAUGUGCGGAGGAGCGAUCAUCUCCGACUUCAUUCCGGCGACAAGGUCGGCGCGGCGGGUCACCGCCGACUACUUGUGGCCGGAUCUGAGGACGGGCGGAGCCAAUGGGGCGACGAAGAAGCAGAAGAAGAGCGGCCACCGCCGGGCUGUGGAGGAGGUCGAGGAUGACUUCGAGACCGACUUCUUGGAGUUCGAGUACGAGGCGCUGGAGUCGGAAGUGGAGGACGAGGUGGAGAUCGUGGAGAAGCCCUUCGCUUUCGCCUGCAAAGCAGAUGGACCAGUUGCUCUGAAACCUGUGAAAUUCAAUGGAUCUGCAGCUAGGUCUGCUAAAAAAGAGAGAAAAAAUCAAUACAGGGGAAUCCGUCAGCGUCCUUGGGGGAAAUGGGCAGCUGAAAUUAGAGAUCCUCGCAAGGGGGUUCGUGUCUGGCUUGGAACCUUCAACACUGCCGAAGAAGCUGCACGAGCAUAUGAUGCAGAGGCCCGUAGGAUCCGUGGUAAGAAAGCCAAGGUGAAUUUCCCUGAUGAAGCACCACCGAGUGUUCAAGAGUGCCCACUCAAAUCAAGUGCACCAAAAGCACCCAAGCCAAACCCACAAGAGAUGCUCAAUGUCAACCCAUAUGGGGGUAUGGAUGACCCAGAUUUAGAUUUCUGUUCUGUUUUCGACUAUAUUGAUGACAAGGAACCCGUCAAGCAAUCCAUGAACAUGGACUCCUCUGGGAUGAAUCUAUCUCCACCCAUCGAGGGACCUGCAAUUAAUUUAUACUCUGACCAGGGAAGCAACACUUUUGAUUGUUCUGGAUAUGGCUGGGAAAGUGAGGUUAAAACCCCCAGUAUCACUUCAUUUCUUGCUCCAACCAUGAAUGAAGCUGAAGGAACACCAUACCUGGAACAGGGUGGUCCACUGAAGAAACUGAAAAAUAAUUCUGGAGAAGUUGUGGCUGCCAAGAACUCUGUGGCCAAACUGUCGGAGGAGCUAUCUGCUUUUGAAUCAUACAUGAAAUUUCUGCAAGUACCAUAUCUUGAAGGGGGCUCAGAUGGAACUAUUGAGAGCCUUCUCGUUAGUGAUGUGCCUCAGGAUGUGAGUGAAGUGGAUCUCUGGAGCUUUGAUGACCUGCCACCAGUGGCGGUCGGCAGUUACUGAGAACAUUGAUAUUCUGCCAAAUAAUGCUCUGUAAAUAAGAUGCGACCGAAUCCAUGCUGAUGGAGAUAUGGAGAACAAGACGUAUGAGCUAUGAUCAUAGGUUGGAACGUUGGUUUAUGCUAUUAUGUUAGAUCUUAUGUAUCGUGUUUAUGCUUGCCUUGUGUGUUUUCUUGUUGAGUGCCAAACUUGGACCUUCUUAGUUAGCUUGUGGUUAUGUCGAAAACUUGCUUUCGCUCUAUGUUUGGCAUUGUUAUUAUCAGUGAUGCAUGGACGUGAUGUGCUUAUGCUUA